AUGAUCCUCAAAGCCAAGGCAAGGCGUCCGGCGGCGACAAGAGAAGAGAUUGCUUUCGGAAUUCUCGACGCGUGGGAUUGUUUUAUUGUCCCUUGGAUGGGAAAUAUCUUCAGAGCCUCAGUUUGCCAAGCCAAGGACCACGGGCUUACCAUGGUUACAGGAAUUCUGGACCCGGAAGGGCAGCCAUUUGAUCCCGUCGCCCAUAUCGAUCUCAGCAAAUGCAACAUCAGAAUCGACGCACAGAUGACAAACAUGGCUAUGUUCAACUACAUUCCCGAGCUGUGGCUAGACCUGAGAGAAAAUCUAAAGCGAGUUCCACAAAAUUAUCUAUUCUGGAGAAUCGACCCUGCCAUGGGAAAUGUGUUGUGGGGAGGAAAAUCUGAUGCCACAAUUAUCCCAGAGCCACCCACCCCGGAUUUCGAAAUGCAGUUAUGGCCGAUUGAUAUCUGGUUCCAGGCCGACACUCCACAACUCCUGUCAAACGAAUGUCAAACUUGCGGCCAAGCCUUUCAGAAUAUUGGUCUCUUGAUCAUACAUAAUCAAGACGAGCAUAAACGCUAA